CGGCCUCGCCUUCAGUUCCCGCCCAAAGCCCCCAAACCGCUUCUCCCCGCCGUCGGCGCCGCCUCCCAUCCUUGCCAUGGAAGCCGGCGACGGGAGCCCCGCGGCCUCGCCUCUGGACGCCGUGGCCGCCGCCUUCAAGUCCCGCGUCAUGGAGCUUCAGGACCUCGUCCUCGCCCGCAGCAUGUUCCCGGCGACGGCGCUGCCGGACCUCGCCUCCGUCAACGCGUCGGUGACGGCGAUGGAGUCGCAGGUGCAGGACAUCCGCCGCCGCCUCCAGGAGGAGCUUGACGCCAUCCCUAAGGCAAAGAAGCUUAUCGAGCGGUCCUUGAAGCAGGAAGAGAAGCUUCAGCACAUGCUUGCCAACCUACCUUCUGGGAUGCAUGGGGAGGUCUUGGCUACUCAUCUGGAACAGAGCUCAUCAAGGAUGCUCCCAGAGUGCUUUAAUUUCAGCUCAUCUGUUUCUCAAUAUAAUGAAUGUGAGUUGAAGAUUAAGGAGGAGCCAGUUGCUGCUCCCAAGAAAGGAAGAGCACCUGCACCGCGCUGGUACAUCUCAACUGAAGAGCUUGCUUCGUUGUCAUCGUACAUGAGGGGAAGACUGACUUUGGAGAAGGUUAAUAUCGCAAUUAAUGAAGUGGCCUCAUAUGCAGAUGCCAAUGCUCACCUUGUUACAUGCCCUAAGAAAAAGUUGUCUGAAGAUAUGUGGGAUAAAGCUUUGGAACUAAGGGACAUUGCAGCAACUGAGGCAGUGAAAGGGAAGCCUUUCUUCCUGGAGGUCGACAUCAAAGGACCUGGUCUAAAACUUGAUAACACGGGAAAAGCUAUUCUUACAGUCCUUCGCCAUCUUGGACGCAUCCAUGAAACAAGGAUUGGGCACCAUCGGGUCUUUAUACUGUCAAAACAGGCCUGAAGGCCUGUACAAGACGGAUCUGCAAGAGAAGCUGCUCGAUGGUGUCAAGGUGCUGCUGUCCUGCGCUCACAAAGUACUGGCUCAACAAGCAAGGCCGCCUCCGCCAGCUCUGUUGCCACCCAUCCAGGAAGAUCGGGAGGAGGAUGCGACGUGAAGCUGAAGACGAACCUGGAAAGAUGGAUCAUCUUCAUGUGCUGGAGUCUCCAAAAACUAUCUAGAUUGUAAUAUAAGAAGUUUGAUAGCGUGGUAAACUUUAGAUGUCGCAAGUAGGGGAGGGUGAAAACUCCUGUUGAGUCUAGGAAUCCUAGGCCGCUUUCUAGUAGGCUGCUUUCUUCUUCUGUUAGGCAUCUUUUCUGUACCGAACCUCUGUAUUUCCGUUUCAAAUGAAAUGGGAAUGGGGCUGAGCCUCGCGUCGAAAAAAAAUAUGAGAGCAAGCUGUAAUUUUGUCUUUCAUUUUUCCUCUUUUUGGAGCUGCUGGUUAGGAGAGUACACGUGUGCAGACAUAACUUAACUGGAUGGAUGUGAUUUUUCAUCAA